AUGCGGAGUAGUCUUCCUGCUACUGUGCCUCACUACCUAUUGUACCUUGCCAUUCCACGACCAAAAUUGUCGAAACCCCUCAAACGAACCUUACUUGCUCAGAGUGUUUGGAUACAACGCAGCGUUUCGCGGGCUGCGUUAAUUAAAGGCAUAUGUCAGAUGAUGGUUUGUCGCGAUAUGCUAUUCAUUUUCGUGCACAUUUGUUUUCGUGGACGUCGGUAG